UGUAAUGUAUAAUUGUCUCAAUAAAGUUGGUAAGAGACAUGCCUUGUUGUUACGACGCGGUGCAUGCUGGGAGAAGUCUAAGCAUCCAGUAUGGCGACCUCCACAGGACCAGAUGGACAGACUGUCUGUCUCUCGGAUGUGGAUCUCUUACUGCACCCGGAGCUGCUGUCUCAGGACUUCAUGCAGCUCAUCUUAAGCGGGGUGAGUUAAAACAUGUCAGCACCAGAGACGGGGAGAGUCGGGACCGGCUCACGGAGCUCUACCUCCGGCAUGUCAUCCCACGGCCGCAGAGGACGCUACCGGACAGCCGCUGGGGGAAGAGGAUGGAGAAGAGCCGGGGGAGAGAGACCCCGGCCGGCUACAGUUCCAGUAAUGACCACAAUAGGAAAAGGCCUCUGAUUGUGUUUGAUGGCAGUUCCUCUCACUGCGGCCCACCAAAAGUAAAGAAACCAGAAGGAACCACCGUGUCAACGGGAAUCACUGACAGGUUGAAACCUCCUCCUGCUGCAAACCUGUCCAACCCCAUCCGCAGGCUAUCUGGAAACACAUCUUCCUCUUCCUCAUCCAUUCAUUGCAGCACUGACACAGCAGACCUCAAACGAGAAGAAAACAGCUCGGGUGCAACGAAGUCUCCUGAUGACAAGAAGAAGAUCCAGCAUGUGACAUGGCCCUGACCUCCGACCCCUAUUCACACAGACCUGAUUGGCUCUGAAGGACAUACCACUCCCCUCCCACCAAAUGUUGUUGCCCAGUAUCUGUGCUCUCUCCAUCACAGUUAUCCCACUAAUUACAUCACAAAAAGGGAUGAAAACCCUUUUACCUGUUUGUCAAUGCCACCUCGCAGCUCAGGAUGGGGUGGCGCCCUGAAGGAUCCUGCUUUUAAAGUCCAGAGCUUCCUUGCUGCUUUCCAAAACCUCAAGUGCCCUUACCAUCGAUGAUCAGCAACUCUACUCAUGUCCCACAUAUAUGGAUCCCUUCUAGAGGACAAAACAAGUAACAUGACUUUUGUUUUGUGAAAUGCCAUUUCUGGAAAUUAUGGUUGUUGAUAUUCUGUUUCUGUGCACUAUUGGUUUUGGUCAGCGGGCCUCCAGUACUGUUUGCAAGGAUGAAAGGGAGAUUUUCCUGUCUGGGUUUUGUUUAAAAAUUUGUAAUUAGUAGUACAAUGACUUGAAUGGACAUAUUGAUAGACUCCUAGUUUGAGAUUGUGACCUGCGGAGGUUAAAAAAAAAAAAAAUCAGUUUUUCUCUGAUGUACCUUUUUAAUGGUACCAAACACAGAUAGUGCUGAAUAUAGUAUUUUAUAAGGUGUGUGUUCAAACCGGUAAUACAGUAGGUGUAAUUUGUCUCAGUUAACUCCAUUCCACUGAUGUUUGGCCUCAGUGCUGUUUCACAAGUUGUUCAGGGUUUUUAAACUUUAGUGUAGCGUUGUAUUGUACAUUUUUUUAAAGCUGGAUCAUAAUCCACUGCUAAAAAUUGCCAUUAUGACACAGAGGAAGCGAAUAACUUACAUUCACCUUUAAAUAGUUCAGACAAAAGAAAGGAAUAUUUACUAAACCAGGAAUAUUGGUUUUUUUUUUUUAAAGUAUUUAUUCUGAAUUGUGUAUAUACUUUACAGUUACUGUCUUUGAAACAGAUGUAGACAGAGUUCAUCAAAAAGGUUUAGCAUUUUGAAUCCAUUGUCAAUUCCAGUGUCUUGUUUGUACCAACGCUUUUUUAAAAUAAAUUAUCUCAAUGCAAUGAA